GGGAGGGAGAGGGGCGCGCGCUACGAGCCUCCCCCCGCCCCCGCCUCGGGGUCUCCCGCCCUCGGGGUUCGGAGCCGCCGGUGCCUCAGGCCAGACUCGCGCGAGGGCUAGAAGGGGCAAGGACGCCACGACCUAGGGUGACGCCAGGCAUCUCCCGGGCGACGGCUCCGCAGCAAGAUGGCGGACGAUAAAGAAAGGGAAGGCACAGAGCUAGUCGUAGCAGAAUAUCACAGAAAAAUCAAGGAGGCUUUUGAAGUGUUUGACCACGAGGCAAAUAAUACAGUGGAUGUGAGAGAGAUCGGUACAAUCAUCAGGUCACUAGGCUGCUGCCCCAGUGAAGGAGAGCUCCAUGACCUGAUUGCAGAGGUAGAGGAAGAAGAACCCACUGGAUACAUUCGAUAUGAGAAAUUUCUUCCAGUGAUGACCGAAGUACUGCUGGAAAGAAGAUACAGACCGAUUCCAGAAGAUACCCUUCUUCGAGCGUUUGAGGUGUUAGAUCCAUCUAAACGUGGAUUUCUGACUAAGGAAGAACUGAUCGAGUAUAUGACUGAAGAAGGUGAGCCUUUUUCUCAGGAAGAAAUGGAAGAAAUGCUGUCUGCUGCCGUUGACCCAGAAUCGAAUUGCAUUCAUUACAAGGACUACAUAGCCAUGAUGGUGGUGGACGAGAGCUAAGUACCCUGGAGACUCAUUGAAAGGACAACUAUAGAGAUGGCCUGUCCUCGUUAAUUUCACAUCUUAUAAUUAAUGCCCAGUGACAACUAUUUUGCAGUACUUUGGAUUGUAAAGAUGAGCACAAAUUUAUUUGGUAUGUCUAGCCUUAUGGAAUGACCAAUGGCUAAUUAUUUUAAAGCUUGUUCUUAAAAACAUUUUAGCAUUA